AGUUUAGCAGAGAUAAUCUUCACCUAAUCUGCUUAAAUUUCUCAGGAGUACUUCUAGGGGAUGAGCGGGAGCCGCGAUAGAAUCCUGCGAGAGGCCAGAACUCAUAUCGGCAAUCAAGGAGGAUCUGAACUGGACCAGUGGCUGUUGGGAGCGUUUUUAGUGCAGGUUGUCUGUGUGUGAGAGACAAUCAAGCAGCCUGCGGUUGGCCUGUAUUCUCUCCGGCAUUAAAACAAGAUCCCGCCGUCUGAGAGUGGAACCCGCUAUUGGUGACUAUGAACUCCAGCUCCCCCGCCGCCAGCGCCCUGGCUCCCGGUAAUGUCCAAGGUGGACCCACCACACCUCGCAAGGGACCCCCAAAGUUCAAGCAGAGACAGACCCGUCAGUUCAAGAGCAAGCCGCCGAAGAAGGGUGUCAGAGGAUUUGGUGACGACAUUCCUGGAAUGGAGGGACUUGGAACAGACAUUACUGUCAUCUGUCCUUGGGAGGCAUUCAGCCACUUAGAGCUACACGAGUUGGCACAGUUUGGUAUCAUCUAAAAGAUCGUCGGAGGAUCUGAAGAUUUUUUUUGUUUUCAACUUUUCAAAAAAAACAAAAAUAAAAAACUUUUUAACGCCAUUCAUUUCCUUGCUGAUGACAAGAUUCUAUGCUUUUUUUUUUUUUGUAAAAUGUUAACAAACCGACCACUUCAGUAACCAGACGCCAACGCUUUUCUUCGGCCUCUAGGGCUCUGCUCCUUCGUGUUCGGUGACCUCAGUUGGUGAAGACCAGGAUGAAGUCUUCAUUGCACACUUCUAGAACUUUUUAUAAAGAUGUAAUGUGUGCAAUCCGUGCCGUGGUCAUAGCAGACGGCGCCCCUGCUUCUUGCUAGAAGUAGAAUAGUUUGCACUUUGUCUAUAUAGAUACAAUGUAUAAAUUUGCUCUAUAAAUGAAAGUGUUGCCUCUUCUACCUCCGCAUGUUUUUUUGCGCAACAUCUCUUUUAUAUUUUCUUAGUUGUUAUAAGCUGUAUCUGCAGUUUUGUGUUGUAAGAUCUGAUGUACUGUAGACAAUAUUAUUACUAAAUGAGUUUUAAAGUUUA